UCUUUCUCCCAUAACUUACAAUUGCUCCUAAAACAGAAAUUUUCAUUUAGCGCGCGGACUCAAUGAAGUUGUGAAAUUUUAAGAAAAAUAAAAACAAUUGACAUUCAUCUCGCAAACUUUCAGUCCACUUUUAUAUGGCUUUAAUAAACAUGCGCCUAACAUGGAUGAAUUUAUUAAUUAUUAUCUUCUUAUCAAACCGGAAAAUCGGUAGUUAUGGCCAAGAAGUUUCUAGGAGAACACGAGACUCGAAUGAGGAGAUAUCUUGUAACGGGCCAGAGAAUUUAUCUCAGAAAAAAUCAUCAAAUAUCGCUCAAAAAGCUGCUCAGCAGGCGAAAGCAGCGUCUGAUGCUCAGAACAUGGCCGGUGCUCAAGCUGCCCAUCAAGUCAAGGCCCAGCUAGCGGAAAAGGCAUUGGAAGCAGCGAAAGUUGUUGAAGUUGAACUGGCGGGCAAAGAGUCUAUUGUCGCGCAGCUGCAGCAGGAAGUUAGAGAGGCGGAAGCAGUCGUAAGGGAAGAAAUGGCAGCUAUUCACCACACUAAAGAUCAUGUAGAUCGAUCAGUACAAGCAGCAUCACAAGCAGAACAAGAGUUAAAGACGCUGAAUCAAGCUCUCCAGGCUGGUCAACUAAAUCUCCAAAAUGCAGAACGUGCAGCUCAGGGAGCUCAACAUGAGUUAACGGAGAAGCAUCACUUGGUGGAUGCCGCUAAGCACAGAUUGGCGGAGCUCUCGAAGAGAUCGAAAUGCGUCAAAAGCGACCUCGAGACGACACGCCAAGCUGUGCAGAAGGCUGAUGCAGCAGCCCACCAGGCGAAAAUUAACGCGGCUAGGAACAAACGAGACCCACUUCAGCCAUCCGCAGGAUGA